AUGCGCCGCAAAUCCAAGCAUAUGAGAAUCUGUGGAAACAGUCAGCCGACGGUCCUUAAGUUGCCCAAGCCCAUCGACGCCGUCUGCAGUAACGACCUAAGCGCCAAUGGCACAGAUUGCGUCGAGGCUAUACGUGACAUCCUGCUCAAUGGUGAUAGUUUGGUUGAUACCCCGAGAGUGCGACGAGGGGUGCAGGAACUAGAACCGGGAAUGACUUCCAUCUACAGUGUACCUGAUUAUGAUGAGGACUGGAAAUGCCAGAACAGUCAAGUUUCGCACCUCGAGGUGGCCGCAGCGACGCCAGCGAUCUGGGGCGCCAAAGACGAUGGAUCGGUUGCGGGCAAACCGUGCCAACCGUAA